GGGCAUCUGUUAUGAGCACUUGUGCCAGAGGAUUGCUCGUCAAUUCCGAGAUUGCCGCUUUUUAACUCCCUCUCCCUCUCUCUCUCGCUCUCUCUCUUUCUGAGUCUCCCUGUGGUGAUUAUUUCAACUUUGCAUCUGACCCCCAAAGGCCUUGGCCAUGCCGCUCCUUCGGCCCCCAUUUCUCCUGACCCUGCUGCAACUUGUAGUACUUCCAUAUGUUACUGAUGGGAAGUACUACGGACAAAAUCAACACCCUCAAGCAUACCAGCAGCAGAUGCAAAUGCAACACCUCCAACACAUGGGCAUGGGCAAUGAAGGCUACCCCCAGCAACAGUACAUUGGCAAAGAUGUGCCCUAUAUGCACUAUCCCCAGUACCGGAAGGAACUCCCCCAGAUGCCCAUGACGAAGGGCAAAGAAAAGGCUCGCAAAGGCGGUGGCUAUUACGGUGGACAAGACAAAGGUCAGACAAUCCCAAGUGGUGCUGAGGGGAUUCCCCAAGGACAACCAGGUCCAGUUGGGCCACCUGGGCCAGAAGGACCUAUAGGUCCACCUGGACCUCCAGGUAAUGGCCAACCAGGACCACCAGGGCUACCUGGACCACCUGGUCAACCAGGAGUACCUGGGAUGGCUAAAACAGGGUUGCCAGGACAACCAGGCAGACCGGGAGGACUCGGUCAGCUUGGACCGCAAGGAGAAAUGGGCCCUAGAGGUGAAUCGGGUCAGUCGGGACAACCUGGACGUCAGGGUCCACCAGGACCACCUGGGCUGCCUGGAAUAGGGAAACCAGGAGUCCAGGGACUGCCAGGACAACCAGGGAUGAAAGGAGAGCCAGGGCACAAAGGACUACCAGGACUUCCUGGAUUACAAGGACCAAAAGGCGACAAAGGUAUGGGGCAGCCAGGGCAACCAGGUCAUAAAGGUCUACCAGGACCCCAAGGCCCUGCUGGACCAAGAGGACUACCUGGUUUUGGAAAACCAGGUUUGAAUGGGAUGCCAGGUCCACAAGGCCCUCCGGGAGAAAAGGGGCAUCCAGGACUGAAAGGACUAACUGGGCUACCAGGUGAAGGAGGACCACCGGGCCCACCUGGUCUACCAGGGCAAGGAAAACCAGGUCAAAAUGGUCUACCAGGUCAGCCCGGCAUGCAGGGCGGGAAAGGUCAUCCAGGACCACCUGGCUUGCCAGGGAAGCCAGGACUGCCUGGCUUUGGUAAACCAGGCCUCCAAGGACCAAAGGGUGAAAAAGGUAUGAAUGGCCCACCUGGACUCCCAGGACCAAACGGAGAUAAAGGCCAUGCAGGAUUACCUGGUAUGACCGGACCUGCUGGGCCAAGUGGUCAACCAGGCCCUCCAGGACCCAAGGGGCCAUCAGGGGGUGUAGGCUUACCGGGUCCAAAAGGAGAAUGUGGUGAGGGAGGACCUAAAGGGAUUGAUGGGAUCCGGGGUGACGCCGGUACGGCUGGAUUACCCGGUACUGAUGGCUUACCUGGAGAACGUGGAAGUCCAGGGCUGAGAGGUCCACAAGGACCAAGUGGUGCCAAAGGGGAAAAUGGACAUAAAGGCCUUCCGGGCCUGCCAGGUCCUUCAGGACUUCCUGGCCCCAAAGGUGAAGGUGGAUAUCCUGGAGAAAUGGGACCUCAAGGUCCUAAAGGAAUCCCUGGUAUGGACGGUGUAGCAGGCCCAAUUGGAUCACCUGGAAUUCAAGGACCAAAAGGAGCGUUCGGUCCUCCUGGUCUGCCAGGCGUUGCAGGUGAAGGCAUUCCAGGACAUCCAGGUCCUAUUGGACCUAGGGGAAAAGAAGGCCCAUCAGGACCCCAAGGACUGAGCGGACCACCUGGCCCUCCUGGAGCCCCUGGCCUACCAGGAGAACCUGGGAUGUCUCCGGACUUGGCAGGAGUGCUUUCCCAUAUGGGCCCUGGACUGGAUGGUGAGAAGGCUGGUGGCUAUGGUAAAAAGGGCAAAUAUGGAGGAAAUGGUGCAGAGAUGGGCGUCAGUGGUCUGGAAAUGCCAGCAUUCACAGCCAUAACGUCAACUCCAUUCCCACCUGUGGGAACCCCAGUGGUGUUUGAGAAGCCGUUGUACAAUGGUCGCCAAAACUUCAACCCUGAAACAGGAAUAUUCACCUGUGAACUCCCUGGUAUUUAUUACUUUGCCUACCACAUUAAUUGCAAAGGAGCCAACGUGUGGGUGGCCCUGAUGAGGAACAAUGAGCCGGUGAUGUAUACAUAUGAUGAAUACAAGAAGGGCUACUUAGAUCAAGCAUCGGGAAGUGCAGUCUUACCUUUACAACCAGGGGACACUGUACACAUUCAGCUGCCCUCAGAUCAGGCUGCAGGACUUUACGCUGGGGAGUACGUGCAUUCAUCUUUCUCUGGAUUCUUACUGUAUCCGUUGUAAGUGAAAAGUGAAGAAUAUUAAAUGGGGUGAAUUUUUGUUGCCAAAAAAGGACUCUUAAGUGAAAAUCUGGUAACGUCAUCAAUGCAGAUGAGAUGGCAGUUUGGUUAUCACAAGGAAAUAUGAUGGUCUGUAUAUAAAACCCACUUUACACCACACAGCCAUAAGUCCAUGUGCAAUUUUAUAGAUUUGAAGGGAUAGAAUAACCUAUGAAAAGGCAUUCACAGAGGGCCUGAAUGACUUAUCGGAUUUCCUCAAAUAGUUGUCCCCUUGAAUUGACACUCAGUCUCAAAUAAUCGCUGGGUGCGUCGGUAAUUUGAAGUCUGCUGUUAACUAAAACAGAUGUGCCAAAUGAGAGAUGUAAAACAGUCUCUCAGAUACAUUGCCAGAGUCUUGUUUCUUUGUAAACUAGACUUCAUGAUGAUGUUACAUUAUUUAGAGACUAGAUCAGAGUUCCAAUCGUCUCUGCAAUGUCACUCCACAAUGUAGUGUACAUUCCUACGCGCCUCAUUUUAUUCCACCUAGUCUGUCUCAUUUCCUUUCACCAUUUUGAUAAAAAUAGAUAUACAUUUAUGUAUAAAUUGUUUGAUAAUUUUCGAGGAAUUGUGUUUGUAUAAAUAAUAUG